GUGGUCCCGGGUCCUCGUGCCGGGACCCCGCUGGUGCGAAGAUGAGGCUGGGAGCACAAACUGGAAUGUUCCUUUAAGUCGCAGAAAAAUCCGGAGGGAGAGGCGGAGCUGGCGCACAGCGCUGUCACCGCACCUCCUCUGCGUCUCCGUGCGCCCUCAGAGGCAGAUCACCGCAGGGAGAUGAACCACGCCGCAGGUCCCGGAGCAGCAGACGAGCCAGGCAGACCCGUUUACUUUUCUUCCUCCUCCUCGGCCCUCCUCCUUUCUCUACGGGACACCUCACACCGUCCGGGAUCAUGCUGUUCCUUCAUACGGCUGAGUUAUCAUCGCCCUGUUGGAUCGCAGCUGAGUGAAAGAGAAAGUCCACACUGGAGCUGAACCCUGCGCACUUGCCUUGUUUUUUUAAACUUUGCCACUGUGGAUGAGCUCCCUGAUUUCUGAGUAACUCCAGCGGAUUUUCUGGCUCGCUUUUCUUCCCCACAUAUCUUGGACUAUUCCCACAGCAGAGGAGAUAUGUUUUUCUUGUUCGUGGUCAGCCUGGCUGUGUUUUCAGAUGCAGGUCUGUCUGAGGUGGUGUUUAAUGGGGGCGUGGCCCCCCGUUGUGAGAACCGCGCCUGCAACCCCCGCAUGGGGAACCUUGCCUUGGGUCGCAGGGUGCUGACGCAGACCGUCUGUGGCAACAACGGCAGCGAGCUCCACUGCUUCUACUCCGACCCCGACGCCAACCUGGCCUGCAGCCCCGCCAAGUGCACCAAAUGCAACGCCGGCCUGCCCCACCUGUCCCAUCUGGCCGGGGCCAUGUCCGACUCCUCCUUCCGUCACCCGAACACCUGGUGGCAGUCGGCUGGAGGGGUGGAGUCGGAGACUGUGCAGCUGGACCUGGAGACUGAGUUCUACUUCACGCAUCUCAUCCUGGUGUUUCGCUCACCUAGGCCUGCCGCCAUGACUCUGGAGCGCUCGCAGGACUUCGGGAGAACUUGGAGGAUGAUGCAGUACUACGCCACCAACUGCAGCGCCGCCUUCAGGCUGGAAGAGGGAAAGGCAGGCAUUGGCCAGGAUGGCGCCACCUGCACGUCCAAGUACUCAGGCGCCUACCCCUGCAACCGCGGAGAGGUGAUCUACCGAACCCUUCCGAAGUGGGAGUCCGUGGAUCCUUACGGGCUGAAGGGCCAGCAGCAGCUGAAGGUGACCAACAUCCGGAUCAGACUGCUGAAGCAUCAGAAGUGUCCCUGCCAGGCCAAAGACCUCACCUCCGCACACGAACCCCUCCCCACCCGACACUUCGCCAUCUACGACCUGAUAGUGAAGGGGAGCUGCUUCUGUAACGGCCACGCCGAUCAGUGUGUCCCCAUGCCGGGAUACCAGCCCAUCAGAGACCGGACCAACCACGUGGUCCAUGGGAAGUGUGUGUGCAGACACAACACUGCAGGUGAUCACUGCGAGCGCUGCGCUCCUCUGUACAACGACAGACCGUGGCAGCCUGCCGAUGGACUGACGGGAGCGCCGCAUGAAUGUCGGAAGUGCAAGUGUAACGGACAUGCUCAGAACUGCCGCUUUGAUUGGACAGCGUGGCGAGAGUCUGGCCAGCGAAGCGGAGGCAUCUGCGAUUGUCUGCACAACACUGAAGGGCGACAGUGUGAGAAAUGCAAGCCAGGCUUUUACAGAGAUCCCAACCGACCGCACGCCGCCCCCGACUCCUGCAAACCAUGUAAUUGUCACCCCAUGGGCUCAAUGCCCUUCCACUUGGCAGACGGCUCGCUCUGUGACCCCGCAAACGGGAACUGCAUCUGCAAACCAGGCGUCGGUGGAGCCCACUGUGACAGGUGCAUGGUGGGAUACUGGGGCUUUCACGAAUACGGAUGCCGUCCAUGUGAAUGUGCAGGAGACUGUGAUCCGUUUACUGGAGACUGCAUGUUUGGCUCUGAUCUGGAGUUGUACCACCUGGACAGAAACGCCAGUGAGUCAGUCAGAAUCUUCAGAACGGACGAACUCUUCUCUGCUCUUCACUUAGAGAAGUGUGAGUGCCAAGAGCAAAGUCUGACCAACAGCAAACUCUUUUGCACCAUGAAUUAUGCAUACGUGCUGAAGGUGAGAGUGCUAGCAGCUCACGAUAAGGGCUCCCAUGCUGAGGUGGAGGUCAAAGUUCAGAAGGUACUCAGUCAGAACACCAAAAUGAAGAUACAGCGCAGUCGCGUCACCCUUUACCCCGAGUCCUGGACCGCACGGGGCUGCACCUGCCCUAUCCUCAAUCCAGGCGUGGAGUACCUGGUGGCUGGCCACUUGGAUCGUAAGCGGGGCCGCUUCCUGGUCAACAUGAAGAGCUUUGUCAAGCCUUGGAAAGCAAGUUUGGGCCGCAAAGUUCUCACUUUACUCAAGAAAGACUGCAAUUGGUAGAUGGGUAAUUUAGAAAAACAGCACCGGAGGGACAGCUGACGUGACGGAUGUUGGUUUCCCAUCUUCUAGGUGUGGAUUAUUGGGUCGCACAGGUCUGAGAGCAGGUUUUUAAGGGACGGGGACUAAGAUUGAGGCCCUACCUGUUUCCACUGCCGAGAGCUCAAAGCUAGUGGCAGACUGCACAAGCUAAAAGCACACAGGACGCAAUUUCAUUAAGACACGUCCAUCUCGCAUCUGUCUCUAAUUCUUGCAUUCUCAUAUAGGAGUCAAGAAAAUGUUUUCUUUGCUGUCGCUGCUGCAGCUCAAGAAUUUCAGCAGCAUGUCCGAGAACUGAGCGACACUUUCUCCUCCUCUGCAGCACUUUAUCCUCAGAAGGACAGAAGGAGGGAAUAUGGACACACAAACAGAGGAGCAUUAAUAAUACAAACUCGCACACACGUAAAACCUUCCUUUUUUUUGUUUGUUUUUUUUACAGUGGACACACUCACAGAGGCAGCAAGUGUGUGUGUGCUGCAGACACAAUGUGCGAAGUGUGACGCUGAACAAGCCAUACAAGCCACUACAGGUGGUUAAAUCUUAGCCAGUCCAGGUGUGCCUGUGUUGAAAUCAGAGCGACUGGAUUUCACCCCAAUCGUGAAUGUAUUUGUCUGUGUGUGUGUGUGUGUGAGAGAGAGAGAGGAAGAGAAAGAGAGAAUGUGGUUGAAUGCAGCAGUACAUAUAUAUAUAUUAUGAGCACAGUCCAGAUUGAGUCCAGCUCUUAAGCUUUUCUAUAGUUUUCAACCGUUCCAAUGUUUAUAAUGCAGAACGCUGUACAUUAAUUUCGCUCAUAUUUACACUCAGAAAUCAGAAAACGUGUUAUUCCUUCCUUUUUGUGCUCAUGUACAGUAUUAUUUUGUAUAUAUCUAUAUAAAUAUUAUGCCAUAUCUUUCUCCAGUUGUUUUUUUUUUUCAUGGUAA